AUGAAGAUUCCCGGCGCUAUGGAACCUGUUAUCCGCCUCAGUCUUCGAGACAGGUACUUCAGAGACAAGAUCCUGAAACCGAUUAUUCGGGCUUAUGCCCUGGGGUAUCUUUCUUCCGUUACGCCUAAACUUAUAUCUUAUAUUCGAUGCCUUGGAAACAAGAAUAGAUCCACGAAGGAGAAACUACAAGAGUUAGCGCAAGUUCUGGCCGGGCCUUUACGCGUGAAAAGUUUCCCAACUUUCUGUGGAGCUUUGGUGGGGGGAUCUACAAUCCUUCCAAUCCUAUUGUAUCGACUAUGUGCCUGGGUCGUGAACAGUUGCAAGGGUGAAAUUCGGAACCCCCAGCAAACUCAGCGGCUGGUUCGAUUUGCCGCCGCGUUCCUAUCUUCUUGGUUUAGUUUCCAAUUAUUAAACAAGAACCGCAUAAUAUCGCGGCAAGAUACUAAAGCUAGAGACUCCGCCUCCAGCCAGCAUGAUUUCAGCCGUGCUCCAGCCGAGACUCUUGAGCGACCUUGUCCGGAGUUGGCCGGGAGAACAAUGGAUUUGACAUUGUUCACCGUUACAAGGGCGGCUGAUGUGAUAGCUUGCAUCGCAUGGAGUCGAUGGCGCCGUCACCGUAAUACCCAGAAACGCUGGACGACCGUGGAGGCUCUUACUCCUGGACUCGUGGAUGCGGGUGUAUUUGCUUUGAGUGCAGCUAUAGUUAUGUGGGCUUGGUUCUACGAGCCCGAGAGGUUACCACGAACUUAUGAGAAGUGGAUUGGGGGCGUAGCAAAGGUGGAUACCCGGUUAAUAGAGGCCCUUCGUCGCUGUCGCCGUGGGGUCUUUGUAUACGGAAAAGAUACUGGCCAAGCAUCGCUACUUGAAUCUAUGUGCAGGGACUUUAAUUGGCCCGAAGAAUGGGGAGACCCGGCCAAGACUACUCCCAUUCCAUGCGAAAUGGUACAUAUGGGCUGCGGUCCAAGUUGUGAGAAGCAUGCUUUGUCGCGCUUUGUCAAAACCUUCAAAUUUGCGUGUGCAACCUACAUCCCUCUUCAGAUUGUCCUCCGCUUGCGGGGAAUGAAGUCCCCCGCUGCACUAAGCCGUGCUAUCUCCGAUGCCGCCCAGUCAUCUGCGUUCCUGGCCUCAUUCGUGGCCCUGUUCUACUACUCAGUCUGUCUAGCCCGAACGCGGCUUGGGCCCAAAAUAUUUGACAAGCAGACCGUCACCCCUUUGAUGUGGGACUCUGGACUGUGUGUUGGGGCUGGGUGUCUUAUGUGCGGAUGGAGUGUAUUGGUUGAGAAAGCACGGAAAAGACAGGAGUUGGCGCUCUUUGUGGCACCUCGCGCUGCGGCCACGGUGCUGCCACGGUUGUAUGAUAUAAAGUAUCAAUACCGCGAGCGCAUUGCCUUUUCCAUCAGCGCUGCAAUCCUUUUUACUUGCCUUCGAGAAAGGCCCCGCAUGAUCCGAGGAGUUUUUGGCCGCAUCACGACGAGCGUGUUGAACUAA